GGCCACUCCAACUGCUUCUGCCAUGUGCUCCUCAAGCAACCAAUCAGCCUCGUGCACGGGCCUCACAUCCCCUCUGUCAGGCAACCCUUUGCGUGGCGCAACUAUCACCAACACCCUACUUUUACUGAUUUCUUGCAACCGCUGUCUUUGAACUUUGUGUAGCUCUUCCAAGCAUUCAGGCCUUGUGCGACACUUUCUCAGUACAUCGCUGUGUUAUGGCGACCUUCUCCAUCCUCCCCACUGAGCUCGUGGAGUACAUCGUAUCUUAUCUCGCCCAACACGACAUAUACGCUGUUUGCCGAGUCAAUAAGAGCCUUUCCAAUCUAGCCACGCCAUUCCUGUACCGUCAUGUUGAUCUCUUCAUACCGCCCGGCAACGAACUCCCCAGGAUCGAUCGCUUCUGCCUAAACAUCAUCAACGACAACCGCAAAGCCAACAAUGUCGAGUCAAUCCGCUUGGGACUGUCCCCCAGCGAGGAUGUAAAACAGGGCCAGCGGUGGCUGGCACCAGACAAGACCUUUGACGAUCAGCUGAUGUUUCGGAAAGCCAUGGUCGCGUUGAGCGACGAGACGUUGGUGGCUGCCGGAGACUAUCUGAGAGACGCCAUCUACAUGCGCGAAUACGCUGCUUAUGCAGCGCUUGCUCUUCUCGUCCUUCCAAAACUUCGUCGACUCGACGUUGCAGAUUACAAGUCGGCCACCUUCGACCACCUCCAUAAUGUACUCCGCAAUCUCGACCCCGGAACUUUAUGGAACCGGCGCUAUCCAUCACAAGUUCUUCUUGAUCGCCUCUCAUCCAUCAAAGAAGUAUCCCUCAUGGUUGAUCGCAAGACCGGGGUUUGGUAUCCAGGAGACAACAACCGCAAUCCGAUCGGCCACUUCUUGAACAUCCCAGGUAUUGAGAAACUCGAACUUUUCAGUCUAGGCGGGCAGUCGCAAUUCCAUGGCCAUGCUGUAGUAAAUUCAAUUGUAGAUCGCCCAAGAGCUACUAACAUCACUACAUUGGUCUUCCGACACUCGGGUGCCUUUACACCGGGUCUGCAUUCGGUGUUUCAAUGCACGCCAAAGCUACGGUCUCUGACGUACGACUUCUACUUCAACGCGCAGGCACAGACUACCGACCAAGGGCAUCUACUCAUGGUAGACGCCUGGAACGAGUAUCUCAAGCCCUUGCAAUCCACCCUGGAAGUUUUAGUCCUCGGCGCGGAAUACUGCGACCCAGACGCCUACUUCUUCGCCCAGCCUCGCAUUGGCGACCGACUUUACGGCUUCCUUGAUCUCACCUUCUUCACUAAACUACAUACUUUAGAAGGUGCCUUCCCCUUCCUGACCGGCGACGUCGAGUUCUCCAUCACAAAGGAGAUCUACCCUCUCUUCCCGCCAAACCUACGCCACCUCACGCUACGACCCGAUCUCUCGCACGCCCACCUCCCCUUCCCCUUUGAUUCCUCCAUCCUACCCAACGGCCUCACAUUCGAGGAGUCAAAAAAAGAGGCGCAGUGCCUGAUGAACGCCCGCAUGGACGUAUCCUACAUGUUCCAAGCCUCCCUCUCUCUCCUCGACUUCACUCCGACUCUAGAAUCCAUGUCGGUCUGGCAACCCGCCGAUCCGUCACUCGAGUGGUUCGACGGCCAGAUUGAAGACUUUGCGACAACGUGUCGGAACAAGAAUAUCACGGGCAAACUUCUGAAGCCUAUGCUGCUUCGGUGGAAGAAGGCGGAACAUUGGGAUUUAAUGAAGGAGACGACGCUUUAUGAUCGGAGUGAUCCGCAGUUGGGUAGUGUGGAUAGGCUUUGGAGGGGGGAAUGGGAGGGUAGGCCGCUUGGAAUGGGGAGUCAGUAUCAUUUGAAUGCGCUGGGCAAGGGGAAGGUGAAGUUGCGUCGGUAGGAGGCUGCUGGGUUCGCCGAGACAUAUGUCUGUUACGCCUUUCCCGCAAUUUCUUCCGGCCAAAGGAUGUCUUCUUUCUCGGGCAUUCCAAUACAAUCUCAGAGAAGCCCUGGCACAUUUCCAAUUGCUCACAGGCAAACUUUUGCCAACCAAUAGCUUUCACCCAACGUGCCCAAGCACACUCAUCAUCUCUCACCCACCACCGCCAGCACCAACACAAACGACCGUGGCUACCGACUAUGACUUCUCCGAC